AUACAUGCACAAUCCCCCCCAUCUCUCCAUUCUCUCAACUAACAUUAUAUCCACAUUCAUGUUUGAAGUAAAACAUCAUGGCUUGUAUAGAUCAAGAACAACAACAACAACAACCAAUUUAUAAGCAUUAUUGUAGAGUUUGCAAGAAAGGUUUUGUGUGUGGAAGAGCUUUAGGUGGACAUAUGAGAGCUCAUGGAAUUGGAGAUGAAGGUGCAAACAUAGAUGAUGAUGAUCCAGCUAGUGAUUGGGAAGAUAAGUUUGGAGGGGGUGUUAAGGGAGGUAAUAAGAGGUUAUAUCAAUUAAGAACAAACCCUAAUAGACAAAAAAGCAAUAGAGUUUGUGAGAAUUGUGGGAAAGAAUUCUCAUCUUGGAAAUCAUUUCUUGAACAUGGAAAAUGUAGCUCAGAAGACGCGGAAUCCCUAGUGUCCUCGCCCUGUUUAGAGGGCGAGGACUACAUUAAUAAUGGUGGAAGAAAAGGCUAUGGAUGGUCUAAAAGGAAAAGGUCAUUAAGAACAAAAAUUGGAACCAUUAAUAGUACUACUUCAACUUAUCCAUCAAGUGAAGAUGAAGAUCUUGUCCUUGCAAAAUGUCUUAUUGAUUUAGCCAACGCGAAGGUUGACCUAUCGUUGGUUGAGCCUGAGGAGUCGUGUGCCUCGGCUAGCAAGGAGGAGGAGAGAGCUAGAAACCCCAUGAACUAUCUAACACCAUUAGUGAGACCCUUUGACAACAAGGCUAAAGGGAUUUCUAAUAAAGGAUUGUUUGAAUGUAAAGCAUGCAAGAAAGUCUUUAACUCUCAUCAAGCCCUAGGUGGACAUAGGGCAAGUCACAAAAAGGUUAAAGGAUGUUAUGCAGCCAAACAAGAUCAACUAGAUGAUAGUUUAAUUGAUGAUAAUGAUAUGAAUAUCACACAAGAUGAUCAAUUCACAUUACAAGGUUCAAAAUCCAUGAGGAAAUCAAAAAUCCAUGAAUGUUCAAUAUGUCAUAGAGUUUUCUCCACAGGACAAGCUUUAGGUGGGCAUAAAAGGUGCCAUUGGAUAACCUCUAAUUCCCCAGAUUCAACAUCCAAAUUUAAUUUCAAUGGACAUAUGGAUCAAAUAAAUCUAAGAUCAAACUUGAGAAAAUCAAGUGAUACAUUAGAUCUCAACAUUCCAAUAUCACACGAUGACAUGUCGCGAAUUAGACGAGACCCUAUGAAUCCAUUGAGCUUUGAGGUUUCAACAGAAAUUCAUUUGCAUCCAUGGAGUAGUAAUCCUAAUGAAGCAAAAGAACAUAGUUGUAGUGAAAACUACUACCUUGAUGAAACCAUAAAUAACAACAACAACAACAACAACAAUAAUAAUAAUAAUGAAAACAACAACAUUAUAAAUGGUACAAUACAAAAUGUAGAAGAUGAUGAAGCAGAUAGUAAAUUGAAAUUAGCUAAGCUAAGUGAAUUAAAGGAUAUGAAUAAAAAUUCUGAAAAUCCCUCUCAUUGGUUACAAGUUGGAAUUGGCCCAACUACACAAGUUGGGGCUGACCCAUAAAUUAUACAUAUAUAUAUAUACACACACUAUAUACAAAAAUUGUAAUUACAAAUUCACCAUAAAAGAUGAUACAUGGUGACAUACAUAUUGUAAUUUGUACCUUUUUUUUUAAAUCAUUUUCUUGUAAGGGACCAUAGAUACAUAAUCUUGUAA